AUGCUCUGUUUGAACAGGGUUUGGGUAACAGAUUUUUCACCGUUGACCCAAAUAACACACGGCGGGGAUAUGGUAAGAAGCUUCUCAACCUCAGAGCACACACCUUUAUUAGGCAACAAAUUUUCUAAUUCCGAUUCACUGCAAAUUCUUAAACAGCAGCUGAGAAUGUUUUUAGAUGAGGUUGCGCUUUCCCAGCUCGCAACCACGGGCUUGAAUCUUCUCGAUGUUCAAGCUGCCGUGUUUCAUCAUUUUGAGGACUUAAGGCGUAAAUUUGAGGAAGGAACGGCAGUAGACAUUUUAGUUGAUGAGGAAGACCAAGAAAAUUUGGAUGUGAAAACCAAGGAGUGUGUUUGUUUUUUUAAGCCCAAAGUUUUGCUAACACCCAAAGACAUCAAUCAAUAUACGCAUCUUUUGUCGACCAUCGGCAAUCUUGAGGGCGAUUUAAACGAAGGGACUAACGCAAAACAGAAAAAACGAAGGAAGAAUAUGGCACACAAUCUAAAAGUGGCUCACGCGAAAGUGACCCAAGCUCAAUUGCUCAUUCAGACCCAACUACUUGAUUGCCAUCCUUGUGCACACAAAUGUCUCCCGGCAGCCUCUGAGCGCCUGGUUUAUGAGUCCGUCGUUGAUCAACAAGAGACUACGCUUGCCGCUGUACCUAGGCGUUAUCGCCUAUUGCGCCACAUAGUUAUCCAGGCUUCCACGGAAAAGGGCACGUUUAUGAGUGGACCACAGUCUUCCGUCAAAUAUACGGUUCUUCCUCCCCACAGUUCUUUCAAGCUAUCUUCUUUGGAUCAUUUUCCAAAAACAGAUGACAUAGAGAUGAAUAAACGGAUGGUUCCCCGAAAGAUUAGAACCAAUUUGAAAGGAGAAGUUGUCAUUUCGUCCUCCCUUAUCAGUCUCCUGUUCGAGCAUUCUUCGCUUGCGGGAGUCUACAUGCCAUUCACUGUGAACAGAUCGACUUUGGGGUCAUCAGUGGGUCAUCCUACUAUUGAGUUUCAUGGGACGGUCUGGUCACGCCCCCUCAGUCCACGUAUGCGCACUCGUAUGUUUUACGAGUUCAGCUUUCAGACAACUUGCACCGCCGACCUACCUUCAUUGACUGAUUCUACAAAGGUUGCGGAGCCGAAAUCUACUCCCAGCUCCUCCCGCAUGUCGUCGCCUGUAGCUAGUGUUUCGACGGUAACUACUCGCAGGUCACUUCGAUCAAAGCGAAUUCCUCGGACCAGUGUGCGGGAGAAUCCUACAAGGUCCGAGGACGUUACAUUUAGUGGAAUUUCGAAGGCGCCCAUGCCAGUUCAGCAAAGGUCACCUGCUCGGUCGAAUCCCAUGACCACCCGAAGUCGAACAAUUAAUGCGAUCAGCAUCUCUUCCACUGACGCAACAGAUGACGAUACAGAUGAUCUCGGUAACCUGUCCAUUGACAUAGAUUCGUCCGAUAGCAACAACAAACUUUCCGUUUCCGAACUGGCUCUACGGGAGGUUGCCACCAGUUGUACAGUGGUUACACGAAGUUGUCGACGGGAUCGGGGUAUCAAUAAAGCUGAUUUGGACAGCGCCCCGGCCUCUCCAACAACAACAGAGGCUCCUGCAAGCCCAGAUGUUCCAGAUCAAAUGGCGGAUGGAUCUCCUGGGCUUUGUGUCAUUCCUUUGGAGCCUAUCAGUAGCAGCGUGGAUAACAGCGGUCAUCGAGGUCCUCCAGCAUGUUCAACUCCUUCAUCGUGUUACUCAUGGACCACGGUUCAAGUGGGACAAAUCGAUGUGCAUGUUCCAGUUUCGAACAUUUCAUGGUCGUCCACCAGCAGUUGUCUGGUGUGCUGUAAGAAAGCUGUCGGCCAUUGUCCCUUGUGGCCUUCCUGUUCUUCCCGCACCAGUGAAGUCUUACCAGGACCGACUCAGGAAGCUCAGCCUGUUUAUGUUCAAGUCAAGCCAGAAUAUUUGGGGUGUUGGGGUUGUGAAGUGCUCAGCGCUGAGGAGUUGGCGGUUGCGUGGCUUGGCUCCAGACUACGUGGUGAUGCGGAUAUUUUACGGAUUCGCGUACGGGCCGAUAGCGGCGACGUCGUUUGGGCUGAAUAUCAGUCAUUGCACGAACUUUUAUCCGCAAAUCCGGGCAUAGAACCUGAUGUUAAUAUGGGCCUCCUGCACAAUUUGUUCGAUCAGUUGUUGAGUCUUCCUGCAGGAUCGUAUGUCCUAACUCAAGAAGAGCUACAACCUACCGGUACCUUUGACCUAUACGAAGCCCUCUCAUCUCUGUCAGACAAACAAGAACAGCGUGACCUCAGUGAUACUUUGGAUCUGCACAUGCUACACCGCCGCUUCACUGAGGUAUCGUUAAGUCUUGUGCAGUCGUCACCGGUCUUACACGCUGCUGUCGGUUCACAGUCUCUGCACGACGUUCAUCACCCUUGGUUUACAAUCGCCCCUCUGAAGUUGGAUCUCAACCUUCCAGCAGGCUUGGAACCUCCCGAUAAGGGUGGUCUUCGUCUUCCUGGGCUUCCAGUUGAGCGGCUCCCUAGCCAGGUUCCCACUCCGAAUAGUCAGUCUACAGGCAUCAAGCGAAGCACCGAGGAGCUCAUCGAAAGGCAACAACAGGUUGUGUCAGCAACUAGUUUCCCCAAGAGGUCAAAACGAGCUUCUAAUUCCACGAACCGAAGGAGUCAAUAGUGGUAGCUACUCAACAACGUGAAUGUGUGAAAGUCUCCAUAUUGCACGCAUGUAAAUAUAAGAUAAAGUUAAACUAAAACCGCUCCUUAUGCAGUAUCUCCAUCAUCGUUCACCAUCAUCUACAUCGUCUUAACUGCUCUGAUGUCGAAACUUAUAUACAUCCCAGUUCAGAGAUACAAAAGAACCUUCCGAAUCCUUUCGUUGUCUAGUCGGUUUCUGCUUAGUUCUGGUUAUCGGAUCACUGCGUAUCGAGCUUUAAAUGUCCUUCUGAGGGCC